GUUCUGGACCUUGAAGUCCAGUCCUUACCCCUUGUCCUGACUACCUCUUUCUUUGCUGGCUUCAUCCUUGCUGUAUUUUUCUGCUAUUCAUCCACUUGAGAGCUAUUUCAUUUGCUGCUGAUCAUUUGGGCCCUGCUCUCUUUAUUCUCAGCUCAGCAGUUAUUUGAGGGACUUGUGGACAUGAACUGAAGACGCCUGAGGUUUAGCUGUGAGACAAAGCGAAACACUGUCCUGUUUAUUAACAUUCAGAAACGUGCAGUAAAAAGCAAACUUAGAAGACACCCAUGAUGUCUUUACCUUUCUACCAAAGACACCAUGAGCACUAUGACCGUGCGUACCGCCAUAAAGCACUGCAGUCCACUGUAAGCCAGUACCAAAAGGAAACAAAGGGCAAAUCUGCCGUCUAUGCUCAAGGAUCUACAGCCUACGCUAGGGGCUCUGCAGCCUAUCGCCAUGCAUCUGCAGCAGACUUCAGCCUUGACUCUUCAGCAGCAUAUAGUCAUGGUUCUUCAGCCUAUGACCUUGAGUCAGCAGCCUACAGCUAUGGAUCUACAGCCUAUGAUCACUCUGCUGCACGAAGUAAAAGAUCUGCUGCCUACAGUCUUGAUUCUGAAUCCCUCAGCAAGAGCUCAGCUGCCUACAGUCAUGGAUCUGAAUCCAUCAACAAGCUGGCUGCAGCCUACAGGCUGGGAUCUGAAGCCUACAGUCUCGGACUGAAAGAUUCCAAUUUAAUGAUUGAAGAUCAAUCCUAUAAGAUGAGUCCCAAAGCAAAGAGAGCAAAACAGCAUUUGGUAUCUGAGGACAAAGAGAACGAAGCCAUAGACUACUCAGUGCCCAUAUUCACAGGACGAGAAGUGAGUAUCAGUGGGAUCACAGACACGGAAGAAGAAAGAAUUAAAGAAAGUGCUGCAUAUGUUGCCAAGAGGAACCUUUUUGCCACAGGUGAAGGAGUUAGUGUCAGCAAAGUGGCCAAGUCAACUUCUGAAGAGGAACAUCAUGAAAAGAAAUCAAGGAAAGUAGCGAUCCGGGAGUCUGCUGAACGUGUGGCCCUGAAGAAAACGCUAGAAGACACUCAGGCAUUCCACAAAAAGUUGAAUCAAGACAAACUUUUACAUCCUCCUGAGUUUAUUAUUGAGCCUCGUUCUCACACCGUCUGGGAAAAGCAAAAUGUCAAAUUUCAUUGUUCUGUGGCUGGCUGGCCAGCACCCCGUGUUACAUGGUACAAAAACAAUGUGCCCAUCAAUGUACAAACUCACCCCGGCAAGUAUAUCAUUCAAAGUCGAUAUGGGCUGCACUCACUGGAGAUUAGCACAUGUGAUUUUGAUGACAUUGCUCAGUAUCGGGCCUCUGCUAUGAAUGUUAAAGGAGAGAUUUCGGCUUAUGCUUCCCUUGUGGUAAAGAGGUACAAAGGAGAAAUUGAUGCAAGUCUUUUAUAUCCUGGAACUGUUUCCAUGCCUCUGGGCCUUGGCGUUAGCCCGCACGGCUAUGCUUCCAGGUUUGAAAUCAGCUUUGUUGACAAGUUUGAUGUAGCCUUUGGGAGAGAAGGCGAGACAAUGAGUCUGGGCUGCACAGUUGUCAUCAGUCCUGAUAUCAAGCGCUUCAAACCAGACAUCGAAUGGUACAGAAAUGGCGUCCUUAUUACACCAUCCAAGUGGGUCCAGAUGCACUGGAGCGGGGAGCGAGCUUCAUUAACACUAACUCAUGCAAACAAGGAAGAUGAAGGUCUUUACACUCUACGAGUGGUGAUGGGAGACUACUAUGAAGAGUACAGUAGUUAUGUCUUUGUUCGAGAUGCUGAUGCUGAAAUCCCUGGAGCCCCUGGCGCACCACUAGACGUGCAGUGCUUAGAUGCCAACAAAGAUUAUGUCAUUGUCUCCUGGAAGCAACCCGCUGUCGAUGGAGGAAACCCCAUCCUCGGAUAUUUCAUUGACAGGUGUGAGGUUGGCACCACUCACUGGACCCAGUGCAAUGAGACUCCUGUGAAGUUUGCUCGUUUUCCUGUCACUGGUCUUAUUGAAGGCCGUUCCUACAUUUUCCGAGUCCGAGCUGUGAACAAAGCUGGCAUUAGCUUACCAUCCCGAGUGUCAGAGCCUGUGGCUGCUCUGGAUCCUGCUGACAGAGCCAGGCUUAGAAGUCACCCUUCCGCUCCAUGGACUGGACAGAUUAUUGUCACUGAGGAAGAACCUACAGAGGGUGUUGUUCCUGGUCCACCUACAGACCUCCAAGUUAUUGAAGCCACCAAGAACUAUGUUGUGCUUAGCUGGAAACCUCCUGGGCAGCGUGGCCAUGAGGGUAUCAUGUACUUUGUGGAAAAGUGCAUUGCUGGCACAGAGGACUGGCAAAGGGUGAACACUGAGAUCCCCGUGAAGUCUCCUCGCUUUGCAGUUUUUGAUUUGGUUGAAGGCAAAUCCUACUGCUUCCGAGUUCGCUGUUGCAAUUCAGCUGGAAUUGGUGAACCUUCAGAAGCAACUGAAGCCACUGUAGUGGAUGACAAACUCGAUAUUCCCAAACCUCCAGGCCGUAUAAUGCCCACUAGGAAUACAGAUACCUCAGUUGUUGUCACUUGGACAGAGCCCCCAGAUGCCAAGGAGCUGGUUGGGUACUACAUUGAGUCAAGUGUAGUGGGAUCUGGUCGUUGGGAACCAUGCAACAACAAUCCAGUGAAAGGCACAAGAUUCAUUUGCCAUGGGCUUGUCAAUGGUGAGAAGUACAUUUUCAGAGUCAGAGCUGUUAAUGCAGCAGGACUCAGCGAAUUUUCACAGGAUUCGGAGCCUAUAGAAGUGCAAGCAGCCAUUGGGGGAGGAUUGCUUCAUGGUGUGUGUCCUGAACUGAGUGGUAACGCUGGUGGACUAACAGACCGCACUACCAGCUGGGAAGGCAUGCAUGAGUCCUCCCAGCCUAUCUUUGACACAGAAGCUUUGCUAAAAUGCAAUGCUAAAUUUAAUAGAGACACAAUACCCAGUAGCUCUGACAAACUGGGGAGUACAGGAGACAAUAACAUGAGAGAAAUGGUUAAGGACACUGUUGCUUCUGCACCACAAAAAGUUGCUGCUAAGCAGGCAAGUAAGUCUCAACCCGGGGAUCUUUUGACACUGCAAAAGGUGACAAAGAAGAAAGAUAUAGCUGCUCCAUCUCCACCUUAUGACAUCAUGGUACUUGAGAGUGUUCGUGACUCGAUGGUAUUAGGAUGGAAACAACCUAAAGUCACUGGUGGAACUGAAAUUACCGGCUACUAUGUGAACUAUCGUGAAGUGGUUGAUGGAGUUCCUGGGAAAUGGAUGGAGGCCAACAUUAAGGCCAUCAGCGAGAGGGCAUACAGGAUUCAAAACCUGAAGGAAAACAUGGUGUACCAGUUCCAGGUGGCUGCAGCUAACCUGGCUGGGGUUGGGACACCCUCCCUACCCAGCCAGCCCUUCAAAUGUGAAGAAUGGACCAUUGCUGUACCUGGGCCACCCCAUGAUGUCACAUGCACAGAAGUUAGGAAGGACUCUUUGGUUUUACUGUGGAAGGAACCAGUUUAUACUGGUCGUAGUCCCAUAGCUGGUUAUUAUGUUGAUAUGAAGGAAACUGAAGCAAAGGAGGAACAUUGGAGAAGUGUCAAUGAGAAGCCACUUAAAAAGAAAUUCUUGAAGAUAGGUGGCCUAAAAGAAGGUGUGAGCUAUGUGUUUCGUGUGCGGGCGACAAACCAGGCUGGUGUUGGGAAACCAUCAGAUGUCACAGAUCCUGUCAUAGCUGAAACACGACCAGGAACCAAGGAAAUGGUGGUUGAUGUAGAUGACAAUGGAGUAAUUUCCUUGAACUUUGAAUGUGAUCAGAUGUCUCCAAACUCUAAGUUUGUUUGGUCCAAGAAUUACGAACCGAUUGAGGAUGACUCUCGGCUGAACGUUGACUCCAAAGGCGGAAAGUCAAAAGCUAUCUUUAAGGAUCUUGGAGAAGAUGAUUUGGGAACUUACUCUUGUGUUGUUACAGACACUGAUGGAGUUUCAUCGAGCCACACAAUUGAUGAGGAAGAAAUGAAACGCCUGCUUGCUCUGAGCCACGAACGCAAAUUCCCAACUGUCCCACUUGUCUCUGAGUUGGCAGUGGAAAUUUUGGAAAAAGGACAAGUGAGAUUCUGGUUGCAAGCUGAAAAACUGUCUGGCAAUGCAAAGGCCAACUUUGUAUUUAAUGAUAAAGAGAUUUUCAAUGGAGAGAAAUAUAAAAUGAAGGUGGACCAGAAGACUGGCCUUGUUGAGAUGAUUAUGGAUAAACUUGAGGACAAGGAUGAAGGGACUUACACUUUCCAACUGCAGGAUGGAAAAGCAACCAACCAAUCCAGCCUUGUCCUCAUCGGUGAUGUAUUCAAGAAGCUACAGGAUGAAGCAGAUUUCCAGAGAAAAGAGUGGCACAGGAAACAAGGUCCUCAUUUUGUGGAUAAACUGGGAUGGGAAGUUACCGAUGACUGUAACGUGAUGUUGAAAUGUAAGGUGGCUAAUAUCAAGAAGGAAACACACAUUGUAUGGUACAAAGAUGACAGGGAGAUAAUGGUAGAUGAAGAACAUGACUUUAAAGAUGGCGUGUGUACUCUGCUGAUAUCGGAGUUUUCUAAGAAAGAUGCUGGCACUUAUGAAGUCAUACUGAAGGACGACAGAGGAAAGGACUCCAGUGAGCUAAAGCUCAAGGACACAGCUUUUGCAGAUCUGAUGAAUGAAGUAUGCAGAAGGAUUGCUUUAUCUGCAACAGACCUGAAAAUCCAGAGCACGGCUGAGGGUAUCAGACUGUACUCCUAUGUUACUUAUUAUGUGGAAGAUCUAAGAGUAGGCUGGGUGCACAACGGUACCCAGAUUAGGUUUACAGACCGAGUGAAGACUGGUGUCACCGGGGAGCAGAUCUGGUUGCAGAUCAAUGAGCCAACUCCACAGGACAAAGGGAAAUACACAAUGGAACUCUUUGAUGGUAAAACAGCACACAAAAAGACAGUGGAUCUUUCCGGACAAGCAUUUGAUGAAGCCUUUGCUGAGUUCCAGAGAUUAAAGCAAGCUGCGAUUGCAGAGAAAAAUCGUGCACGGGUACUUGGAGGUUUGCCCGAUGUUGUCACCAUCCAGGAGGGCAAGGCACUUAAUCUUUCUUGCACUGUCUGGGGAGAUCCUACCCCAGAGGUCUCAUGGCUGAAGAAUGAAAAAACAUUUGUAUCAGAUGCUAAUUGCACCCUGAAAUUUGAAUCUGGAAAAAAUGUCAGCUUUACCAUUUCUACUGUGUCCACACUCGACUCUGGGAAAUACAGCAUCGUGGUGAAGAACAAGUAUGGCACAGAGACCAGCGAUGUCACUGUGAUUGUGAUUUCUGUGUCAGCACAGACUGACACAGUCCAAGGACAUGAUCAGAAUAAUAUAAGUGUAUCUAAAAAGAAAAAAACAAUGACGGCAAACAAACGGAAGGAAGGGGAAAAGAAAGAUUUUAUUAAGCCACAUGUAGAAGAAAUUAUUGCUACAGAAGAGGCACCUGAUCCAAAUGAAAUCCCCCCUGUGGAAACAGAAAAGGAUACAAAAAGCAACCAGCGAGCAGCAAAGACGACCGAUGGAACGGCAGCAGUAGCAGAAAUGGUUCCUCAGCCCACAGAAAGCUUGGAUAGGCAGGGAAAGAAACCACUGGGAAAAAGCCUUGAGUAAAACCCACUGUUCUUGAAGGAAGAAUGUGAUCUUGUCAUGAUCUGGAUAAUAAAUUCAAGCUGAGAUUUCAUGGGUGGUAGACUAGGCAUAAUAUUUUAACGCAGAAGUUUGUUAGUGGUUUUUUUUGUAACAUUUGUAAUACCUCAUAACUUUAAAUGCAUAGUAGACGGGCACUUAUGGACUCGGUACCAGAUUAGUUGCACUGCAGUCAUUUCUAAGUAUCUUAAUAAUGAUCCAUGUACCGAUGAGGUGAUUUUAAUUACUAAAAAAUGUCCAUGAUAAGCAGAGGUUAUUAGAGUGAAUCCUGUCCAGAACUGACAUAUUUACUACUCUGUAAAAGAAUGUUGGUAUCGGUAUAUGCGGCUCUGUUACUGGAUAUUUGUAGGCCAUCACAGCUUGAGGCAGACCCCACUUACUUUCUUAAGGAAACCAUACAUACUGUCCUCUUAAUGCCAUGUGGGCUGUACUUUUCACCAGGACCAAUUUGGCCACAGGGGAAUCUCCAGAAACAGAACCAUCUCCAAUGGAUGCAGAGGGGGCAUAAGUAGGUUUUCUUUUUAUCCAAGUUUCUGUCAUGCAUACCUGUUUCAUCAGGUGGAUCAGGAUGACAUCUGGCCAUUUCUUAUCACCGAGACGCACAUGACUGCUCUUCAGUGCUCUCCACUUCCUUAAUUCCCGGCUGGCCUUGGUGAGGUACUACGGAUAUGGCGUUAACCUAUGAAGUAGCAACUACCCCACAUGCUCAUUUCUCUCCACCCUUUUUUGCUACAGUAAUCAUAUUUCUGCUUCCAAGACCCCCUAAACCCACUGUCCUCCUUCCCCUCAGUGACUCAGCCCAACACUUUCCCUUCUUCCCCUCACUAGAUCAGACCCACGGGUUUCUUGUAAGAGAGUGUAGCUUCAUCUUCCAUGUAACUGAGGGAUAAAUUUAAACCAAGAAUCUCUGCUUUAAAUCAUUACUGUGCUCACUCACGUUCAUUACUGUGUUCACUCACAUGUUUAUGUACUGAGGAUAUAAGAAAAUAUGACUUGUUUGUGGAUGCUUAGAUACAUUCGAAGAAGCAGAGUUCAAGCUGAAAAACAAACCAAUAAAGGUUAGAAUUUAUUUUGUUAAUAUGCAAACUGAGUUCAAUUUUUAAGUGACCAGAAAUUAUUAAAUACAAGAAAUAAAAAUAAGAUAUUUUAAUUACUAGGAAAAUACUUUUAGUGAUUUCAAGUCUUAGAAGGCUCAAUCAUAUUAUAUUGUUUUUUUCCAGAUGGAUUAUUGAUGAAAGAUUACUGAACUCUGCCGAUAUUUCUAGGGUGUUAGAUCUAUGACAAAUGCGGAAAUAUUGAAAAAACAAGAAGUAUCUGUUUCUAAUCCACCCUUAUAGAAUUGUUAGCAUGAGAAAACAAAGAAUCUUAUUAGCAUUUAAAUGUGUAACACCUGAGACACUGAUAUCUCUGAUGGAAAGAAAUCCAUUUCCUUCCAGUAGAACUCCAACAGGAGUCUAUUCAACUCUCUUUAAAACCAACAGAAAGAUUCCUGCUGGAUGAAAUACUAGAUAGCAUGCUCAUGUGGAUGCAAUUAGAGUAAUAACAUUUCUGUAAACAAGGUAAAGGAUUUAAAUAGUUUGGAUGGUCCAUGCUGAGUGACAGAAAGAUGUAGGAUGCAAUAGAGAAAAAAUUAUGCAAAUAAAAAUAUUGACUGCUACACAAAAAAGUAGUGGGAGAAAGAAAAUACAGACUGAACUACAACAAAAAUCAUCCUACUAGACUUAGGUACUGUUGGACACAUAGAGCUUGAUUCAGUUCUACAUUACAUCUUGUUCUACACCUCCGCAUUAUAGUUUAAAUUAGUAGAAAACCAGGAGUAGCCCAGCAGCGAACGACGCAAGCGUAGGUCCCACACAGAAACGCAGUAAGGAGCAUUUCCAAGGCAGGAGACUUUUUAAAUGAGAACCUUAAUGCAUGUAGAUUCUCAAGCAACUGUUACAGAAAAUGAUAAAUAUCUACAGACGUGCGAUUACCUCACUCUGCCAGGGAGUUACAGAGUCUGGCCUUUCGAAAUGUUACAAAGCCACCGGUUGUUUCACACAACUCUUAACUCUUCUUUGCCGUGGCAAUUAUUUCAACCUGCCUUACCUCUCUAAAAAUCCAUCACCUCUUACAGCUCCUUCGGCUUGGGAGCCAUUCCCCUACAGACACCAAGGGCAGUCUGUAAGUUACAUACAGAACAGAUCGUACCCCUGAGAGCCUCAUCCAAUUCCUGCAACAUGCCACAGCGGUCUUUUCAUCAGUUUUAACAGAAAACAAGCCAGAUCUCGGAAGAACAUUCUAAAAAUGUCCCAAACCACAGAUAACUUCACCUCACCGUGAAGUCAACAGCAGAUCUCUCUUUUAUGUCAUUGUAGCAGAAUCAGGUCUUAGCUUUUUGCUGAAAGAAAAAUUGGUAUUUUCCUGAUAUUUCAAUUAAAACCUACUGGAAUUUUUUUUUUUAACUUAAACUAGAAUGCACCAGUGUUUGAGGAAGUUUUUAGUUAAAUUUGGGUGGUUCCUCAAAAGCUGGAAAUGCAGUCACAUUAGUAUUGUUCUACUGGAAACUAUAUGCUAUCCAGAAGCAUAGUGUUGUUAUGCGUGGUAAAUGAAAUACACAAAUAAAUGUAUCAAAGAUUAAAAAA